CAACCUUUUUCGAUCGACAUCGACACAGUCACGAUCUCACGAUCUUCUCUCAAAAUCUCUCUACUCCCGACAGCCAAACAUACAUAAGUCAAGAAGCAAUAAUUUGAAUCAAUCGUUAAGAUCAAGGAAGAUAUCUUAUUUGAAGUUGAAUUGAAAAAAAAAUGUCCUCGCAAGAUCAAACAAACAAUAGAGCUGCUGAUGGAAAUGAUUUUCUUUUAAAAUAUCAUUUAAUUUCUGGUAAACUAAAAAAACGCUUUUUACGUAAACCAAAUGUUGCAGAGGCUUCGGAUCAAUUUGAAAAUUUAGCAGUUAGCUGUGAGCGAAUAGAGCUGCAUCAGUACGCAGGCUGGUGUUGGUUAGCAGCAGCUAGAUGUCAAGGCACUGUGGGAAAUGUUGUUUAUGAAAUAAAUCUACUGACUAGAGCAGGUCGUCAGUUUAUGAUGGCUAACAAGAAAAGACACAAGAUUGGAUGCUUAUCCAUAGGAGGAGAAGAUUCGCAAGCAGCAAUAAAUGCAUUCAAUCAUGCCAUUGCCAGAUGCGACAAUCAGGAAUGUUUUGGAGUCAUGUCAGCAGACCUGGCGACAGAGCUUGCCAUGUUUCUGAGAGUCAAUCCAGAAGGGAUGGAUUAUCUCUGCAAAGCAAUUCACUCGCAUCCAACAAUUAAAGCAACAAACAAACUAGUAUCUUGUAAUAUAAAGCAGGGUGACUACGUAUCGGCAUUACAAGUUGUCACGGAGCUCGUAGAAAUGAUUGAAAACCACGCCGGUCCUCGGAUCUUGGGCUAUUAUCGAAAUAUAUUACAUUGUUGCGAAAUAAGCAGAGUAUUACUGUUAUUGAUUUUGCGGCCGACUCCACAAAGGUUGGCUCCGAGUCUCGCUCAGGUGCUUGAAAAGUAUGCUUGGGCCGAGGAUAAUGCAACUUCGGCGCCAAACAUGACGGAAGACGAACUGUUACUGUUGCAAUCCUUAGUACUUGCUUGUCAAUCUGGGGAUUACGAAGCUCUGUUGGAGCUCGAGAUUGAGCUAUGGUUCUAUCUGGAUACAGAGCAGAAGGAGCUUCUGCGAAAGCUCAUUCAAGCCUAUGCUAAAGAGUGAUCAAAACAAAUCGAUAAGAGAAUAACAAUGUGUUCUUGAAGAACAUCAUGUUUUGUAAGAACAGUCGAGGAUUGAAAAUAAAGUAAAAUAAUUGAUUAAUCCGGAGGA